AUGAAAGGCAUUCACGAAACAUUGCGCCGAAGGAGGAACUCUCUUCGUGAACGUUUCUCCCACCGACGUCAGCGGUCGUCAUCCCAAAGCCAUGAAACCGAAUCAUCGUGGCGCGAAACUGGAGCUCCCAAGCUGCUUCUGACCGCUAACGCCCUGUAUUUUGACCACACUCUUUUCCAGGACUUCAGAGAAGAGGGAUAUGAUAUAGCAUACCUCCCCCAUGCUGCGCCUCCGAAGCAGUACAAGGAACAGCUGCAGAGAUUCGCCGAUGUUCUGGAAGAAGAGGAUCGAUAUGCAAUUGUUGCCUAUGGGGAAGCCGCUUCGGUUGUCCUCGAUGCGUGCAUGUCGCCAAUGCCGAGACUAUGCGCUGUCGUCGCAUACUAUCCUACCACCAUUCCUCUUGCAGGCUGUGGCUUCCCAUCUUCUCUAAAUUACCUAAUUCAUCUCGCAGAGUCGCAGCCCUUCUCUGGUAAAUUGAAUUGUUACACAUAUCACCGGUCGGACGUAGGAUUUGCAGAACACGAUUCGGCCUCAUAUGACCGAGUUAGUGCACAAUUGGCAUGGGGCCGGACAAUUGCCUGCCUAAGAAAGGGGUUUGAGGUCACUGUUGAUCUUGCGCCGUUCUUGGAGAACCAUAUGAAGGUGAAAUUUGAUGCAAAAGAUGUGGAUGCGACCAUGGAAACUGUAGCAGAUGACGCAUACGUAAAUUAUGUGCCUGUCAUGAUAGGAGGGAUUGGCGCAGAUGAGCUCCGUCGCUUCUACUCUGAAUAUUUUAUUCCCAGAAAUCCACCGUCACUUGAUAUACGUCUUAUCUCUCGGACAGUUGGCAUUGACCACGUCGUUGACGAAUUAUACUUGUCUUUCAAACACUCCCAAGAGAUUCCCUGGAUCCUCCCAGGCGUCCCUCCAACGGAUAGAUUCGUGGAAAUAGCACUAGUAAGUGUCGUUGGUAUCCGUGCUGGGAAGCUAUGCCAUGAAAACGUUUAUUGGGACCAGGCAAGUGUUUUGAUGCAAAUUGGCUUGUUGGAUCCCAAAUAUAUUCCACCAAGUUUUAAGCCGGUAGCUAGCUCCACGGGCAAAAUAUUCCAGUUGGAGAGAUUACCGGUGAUUGGACGUGAAGGCGCCCGGAAAGUAUUGAAUCCUGAAUCAGAGAAAAGCAAUGGCUUAAUAACCAGCCAGGGAGUCUAA